AUGUUCCCUGAUCCAUCGGACUCCAUCAGCAAAAAGAAGAACCACCCGAUCGAUGCCAUCGUCGUGUGUCAAGCUGUAGCAACCGAGCAUCGCGGGCAGAGCGCAAACCCAUCUGCAAUCCACUCCCUGUCUGUCAAUGCAGGUCGCAAUGAUCUUGGAGCUCGGUGCGGAUUGCGGCUUCCACCUGGGAAUAUGAUGAAUCAUCGGACACCACUAAACGUUCCCGCUUUGUUCCCAGACUCUGUCUUUGGCUUUGGUGCCGUCCGCCAUCGCCGCAGCCGCCCCCUACUACGAACACACGCCCAUUACACGCCACAGCCACUUGGCCGAUCCAUUGAUGGAUUGGGAAUGACAGCUCGGUACGAGAGCAGAGCCUCCAGGCUCCAGACUCCCGACUCUUCGCAAGCUUCAGCGCCUUCAUGA